AUGAAGCGCGGCAGCAAUACUCGUCGGUUCCGCAUCCCAACUCCUACGCAAAAGAAGUCAAAGACGUCUCCCGCCACGACGCCUGCCUCUUCUGGCAGCGAUGAGGCGUCGCUGCUCGCGCGCCUCCAACCGAGCGAUGCGAGGCCAGCGGCGGAAGCCCCACGCGGCUUCAAGACCGCAGCGCUCGUCGCCGCGACGCCGCCCUCGGACGAGCCGCCCGCGCCCGAAGAACCGGCGCGCGAAUCAUCGCCGACGAACGUCGCGUCGCCGGCCGCGCCGCCGGCCCAGGACGAGAACGCAGCCACGACGAGCCUGGAGUUGCAGGUCGUGGGCCUGCGCUACAGGGACGGCCACCGGUUCCUCCGGGAGGGCGCUGCGGUGACGCUGCGGCGCGAGCCAAACGAGCACGACGCCAACGCGAUAGAGGCCUGGAUUCCGGGCGACCUCGCUCCGGUCCAACUGGGCUUCUUGCGGCGCGGUGCGGCGGCGGCGUUGGCACCUUUAAUUGACGAGGGCGUCGUAACGAUCGCGAGCUGCGUAUGCUGCGCCGCCGAGGAGGAUGCGUUCGAUGUCUUGGCGGUGACGACGCUGCGCGGCCCGGCCGCAGUCCUUGCGGGCCUCGCGUCGGCGCUCGACGUCGGCGAGGCGUCGUUAACGGCCUCGCGACGCGACUGCGAAGACGCGGUCCGGUGGGCUGAAAGACACGGGGACGCGCCGACGGCACGCCUGGAUUGGGACCCUGCGACUGGGGCUACGGUACGCGAUGGCUCCGUGGUUCGCGACUACCGGGCACCAGGAGAUGCGGUACCCCUCGGCUGGGUUCCGUACGGUGAUGUGGGCACCGUGGACGCCGAGGAGCGCUCUGCCGCGUCGUGGCCGCCGGCAGACGCAGCGCUAGCGAAGCUCGGCCUCGCACCGGCCGAAGAUGCCCGAUGGUACGCUUCCCUGGGCCUCCGGCCGCCACGCGACUGGACGGUCGCGGGCCCCCUCGACAACCUCGCAUCCACGACACGCGACGUGCGGAAGAUCAGGGACAAGCUCGACGGCGCGAUCCACGGCGCUGGAGGGUGCUUUAUCGACUCAUUUCUCGACGAGAUCCGCGCGCGGGUCGCCGAGACGUCCUUCUGGUGCCGUGAUUCGGACUUUGAAGCGGAGCGUGAUGCGGAGCAGUCUGAAAAGCUCGUCGCAUGUAUUGGGGCCCCAAUGGUAAUAGGCGACGCGACCGCGAGGUUGCUGAAAGCGAGGCGCCACGACGACCUCUCCCGUAAGAUGUGCCGAGCGCUCGGCGUCGUCUACGCCGCGGCGCAUCUCUGCCCAGUCGCGGCCCCGGGCUUUAACUCUCUGAUUAUCUCUGCACGGCGCAGAGGUAGCGGUUUCUGGUGGCACCAGGACCAAGUGCCUCAGCAGAAGGCGCAGACGACGCUCGCCCCGCGGCAGGCAGUGGCGACGCUUAUAUUGUACGAGAAAGCGCAGACGGACUCGGGCGCCGACUGUGUGCGCUGGAAACCGGUCCAGAACUGGGAGGACAGUGGUUUGGAAAGGAAAUUGGGCGCCGCCCGGACGCUCCCGACCACCGACGCGUUGGUUCAUCUGCAGCGGGAGGGCCUCCAGCCGCACGCCAAGCACGCCGUCCACCACACGCCUGGCGCUCCGCCGCGGACGGGAGCACGCAUCGUCGUGACCGCCCGCAUUGCCAAACUAGACGCGUGGGACGCCGUCGACGUGCCGGCGGUUCGCGAGAUGCCUGCUAUUGGACCCGACGGCGACGUCACGCUGCCGUUGGUCUGGGGGUGA